AAUUCAUUCAGUCCAAGAGAUCAGUGUCUUCAGGAAUCAGCAGUGAGUCCAUGAUCUGUGUGUCCAUACACUAAUAUUAAAAAAUGGAGAGCUGUGAUCUGGACACAGAUAAUGUGACCCCACCCUCAGAAAAGCGUAAACUCCAGAUGAAGAGAUCAGACUCACCAGAACCCAGCUGUGUCUCCAUGAAGAGUGAUGAUUCUAUGGAUCCUCCUUUGUACUUUAACAGUGGAAAGCCCUCAUCUGUCCACAGUAAACUCCAGAUGAAGAGAUCAGACUCACCAGAACCCAGCUGUGUCUCCACGAAGAGUGAUCGGUCUAUGGAUCAUCCUCAUGGGAACUUUAAAAAUGGAGACUCCUCAUCUGUCCACAGUGUUUUACAGAAGGCAGGAGACAGAAGACAAAAUAUCUUCAUCACAGAUACAGGACACGCCCCAGAAUCUGCUGCUGGAAAUGAAGUCCAGGAAAAGUUCAAAUUAAAUCUGAUGAAGAAGUUUCAGUGUUUAAAUGAAGUGAUUAUAAAGCAGGAAAAUCGACUGCUCCUGAAUGAGAUCUACACGGAGCUCUACAUCACAGAGGGAGACUGUGGAGAUGUCAAUAAAGAACAUGAGGUGAGACAGAUCGAGGCAGCGUCCAGGAGAAAAACAACAGAGGAAAUGCCAAUCAAGUGCAAUGACAUCUUUAAGCCCUUAUCUAAAAAACACAAACCCAUCAGAACUGUAGUGACAAAGGGAGUGGCUGGUAUCGGAAAAACAGUCUCUGUGCAGAAGUUCAUUGUGGACUGGACUGAAGAGAAAGCAAAUCAAGACAUCCACCUCAUAUUUCCACUUCCUUUCAGAGAGCUGAAUCUGAUGAAAGACCAAAAACUGAGUCUGAUGGAGCUCCUUCAUGUCUAUUUUAAGGAAACCAAAGAAACAGAAAUGUCCGGGUUGGGAAAGGUUCUGUUCAUUUUUGAUGGAUUGGACGAGUGUCGUUUCCCUCUGGAUUUCCAGAACACGGUGAGAGUGUGUGAUGUAACUGAAUCAGCAUCAGUGCAUGUGCUGCUGAUAAACCUGAUCAAAGGGAAUCUGCUUCCCUCUGCUCUCAUCUGGAUCACCUCCCGACCAGCAGCAGCUGAUCAAAUCCCCUCUGAGUUUGUCCACCGAGUCACAGAGGUACGAGGGUUCAAUGACCCUCAGAAGGAGGAGUACUUCAGGAAGAGGGUCAGUGAUCAGAGCCUGGCUGAGAACAUCAUCACACACCUGAAGUCAUUAAGAAGUCUCUACAUCAUGUGUCACAUCCCAGUCUUCUGCUGGAUUUCAGCCGCUGUUCUAGAGAGAAUGUUGGGUGAAGCAGAGAGUGGUGAGAUCCCCAAGACUCUGACUCAAAUGUACACACACUUCAUCAUUCAGACAAACAUAAUCAGAGGAAAGUACUCAAAGAAGCAGGAGAGUGAUGAUGAAAUGCUUCUCAAACUGGGAAAACUGGCUUUUGAGCAGCUGGAGAAAGGUAACCUGAUCUUCUAUGAGGAAGACCUGAGAGAGUGUGGCAUUGAUGUGACAGAAGCAGCAGUGUACUCCGGUGUGUGUACACAGAUCUUCAGAGAGGAGGUUGGGCUUCACCAGAGUAAAGUGUACUGCUUUGUUCAUCUGAGUGUUCAGGAGCAUCUCGCAGCUUUGUAUGUUCAUCUGACCUUCAUGAAGGAAAAGAGAAAUGUUCUUGAUCAGAGUCAGUCCAGUAAUUUGUAUUUUUGGUCCUUUAAGACAAUUUCAGAUGUACACAGGAGUGCUGUAGAUCAGACCUUAAAAAGUCAGACUGGACAUCUGGAUCUGUUCCUCCGCUUUCUUCUGGGUCUCUCACUGAAGUCCAAUCAGAAACUCUUAUGUGCCUUAGUAACACAGACAGGAAGUAGCUCCCAGACAGGAAAGAGGAAAACAGUUCAGUACAUAAAGGAGAAGAUCAGUGAAAAUCUUCCUGCAGAAAAAUCCAUCAAUCUGUUCCACUGUCUGAAUGAACUGGGUGAUGAUUCUCUAGUGGAGGAAAUCCAACGCUACCUGAAAUCUGGAAAACAAAGUAAAUUCUCUCCUUCACAGUGGUCUGCUCUGGUGUUUGUGUUACUGACUUCAGCACAGGAGCUGGAGGAGUUUGACCUGAGUAAAUAUACCAGUACAGAGAAGAUAUCAGAUGAGGUUCUUGUGAAGGUGAUGCCUGUGAUUGCAGCAUCCAGAAAAGCAAUGAUCAGUUGUGAUACGAUUGAAGGGAGAAGCGCUGAAGCUCUGGUCUCAGUGCUCAACUCAGAAACCUCCAGUCUGAGAGAACUGCAUCUGACUGUGAAGACACUGGAUCUGUCUGGGAAUAAACUAGAAGACUCAGGAGUGAAGCGUCUCUGUGCUCUACUGGAGAAUCCUCACUGUAAAGUGGAGACACUGAAGUUGUGUGAUUGUAGUGUCUCAGAUGAAGGCUGUGCUGCUCUGAGUUCAGCUCUGAGAUCAAACCCCUCACACCUGAGACAACUGGAUCUGACUGAUAAUAAUCUGGGAGACUCAGGAGUGAAGUGUGUCUGUGCUCUACUGGAGAAUCCUCACUGUAAAGUGGAGACACUGAGGUUGUGGUAUUGUGGUGUCUCAGAUGAAGGCUGUGCUGCUCUGAGUUCAGCUCUAAGAUCAAACCCCUCACACCUGAGAGAACUGAAUCUGAAUAAUAAUAAUCUGGGAGACUCAGGAGUGAAGCGUCUCUGUGCUGUACUGGAGAAUCGUCACUGUAAACUGGAAACACUGAGGUUGUGGGGUUGUGGUGUCUCAGAUGAAGGCUGUGCUGCUCUGAGUUCAGCUCUGAGAUCAAACCCCUCACACCUGAGAGAACUGGAUCUGUCCUUUAAUAAUAAUCUGGGAGACUCAGGAGUGAAGCGUCUCUGUGCUGGACUGGAGAAUCGUCACUGUAAACUGGAGAGACUGAGGUUGUGGGGUUGUGGUGUCUCAGAUGAAGGCUGUGCUGCUCUGAGUUCAGCUCUGAGAUCAAACCCCUCACACCUGAGAGACCUGGAUCUGAAUAAUAAUAAUCUGAGAGACUCAGGAGUGAAGCGCCUCUGUGCUGUACUGGAGAAUCCUCACUGUAAACUGGAGACACUGGGGUUGUGGGGUUGUGGUGUCUCAGAUGAAGGCUGUGCUGCUCUCGCUUCAGCUCUGAGAUCAAAUCCCUCACACCUGAGAGUACUGAAUCUGUCUGGGAAUAAAAUAGGAGACUCAGGAGAGAAGCUGCUCUCUGCUCUUAAAGAUGAUAAACAUUACAAACUACAGACACUCUGUGAGAGGGAGCAGAUAAAAGGGGAGAGGAGCAGAGAGUGAGGAUCUCUUCCCCUGGCUGAAAUCACGCCUGUGCUUUGGGACAGUGAAAACCCGUCAAGUCCACUGAAAAGCGUGUUUUG